AUGGGUCUGCUCAGUUCCGGCGUCCCGGAUACGCCGGCAGCACGGGUGGAAACUUCGGUUCCGGCCCGAGGCUCUAGCGGGGCCGGCGGCGGUGGCGGUAGGGGCGGCUUGGGCAGCGGCGUCGGUGGCGGCUUGGGCAGCGGCGUCGGCAGUGGUGGUGGCGAGGGCAGUGGCGUCGGCGGUAGCGGUGGCUCUGGCUCCAACGGGGGCAAGCUCUACACCAAAUCGGAGAGCAUUGCCGUGGCAAGGGCGUGGGAUGCCAUCACAUCAGUCCCCAUGGUGGGCACCGAUCAGCCCGAGGGGAGCUUAUGGAGGCGCGUCAUGAUGGCAUACGAUGAGUUCAAACCCGACGGCGCCGAUAAGCGCGACCCGGAACAGCUCCGAAAAAAGUGGGGUAGGAUUCUGCGGGCUACCAAGCGGUUCACGUCCAUAUACCAGAACAACCUUCUCCACGCUGAGAGUGGCCGAAGCGAUACAGACGUGAAGGCCCUGUCGAUGGGCCAAUACAACACGGAGGGCUGGCCGAAGUUCACACUAGGUGGGAUGACAUUGUCGACUCCAGAGUCGAAAUGUGUGGAGCUUGCCGCGAUCCAGCCGCGAUCUUCUCUGUGUUCCCCAAUAUCACGCGGCAGAGCAGCAGGUGCCCACAGCGCGCUGCCAAACAUCACAAUUUUUGAAUUUGAAAUUGAAAUUGAGAUAAGGUAA